AUGUUUCUUUCGCUUUUAUUUUUAAGGAAACCACCGUUUCGUACCUAUUUACCAGGAGACACAUACUAUUUCGAUCAGUUCUUAGAUCAUUUCAACACAUCAGAUAAUCGCACGUUUAAACAAAGAUAUUAUUACAAUGAUACCUUCUGCCAAAACACUACAACUAAAAAGCUUAUUGUAUUCAUCGGAGGUGAAGCCGCAAUCACCGAAAGAAGAGUUCAAAAAGGCGCCUACAUGAAAUUAGCUAAAGAAACUGAUUCUUGCGUUGUUGCACUUGAACAUCGUUACUUUGGCGAAUCCCAGCCAUUCGAGGAACUUAUCACACCAAAUCUGAAAUAUUUAACUUCUGAUCAGGCCCUCGCAGAUUUGGCUUAUUUCAUUGAGUCUUUUAUCAAGAUUAAAUAUCAAUCUCGACCAACAAUUCUUGUUGUUGGUGGCUCAUACCCAGGAACCCUCUCUUCUUACUUCCGUAUGAAGUAUCCUCACAUUGCAGAUUUCUCUUGGGCUUCCUCUCCUCCUCUCUACGUCAAAAACGAUUUCUGGGAGUACGAUGCACACUGCGCUGAAGUUUUAGGAAAAAUCAGUCCUAAAUGUCUUACAAAUACAAAAUUAAUUUACGAUGAUUUUAAUGAUCAUCCGGAUCACAUUACAAAUUACAUCCCAUUCAAGCCAAGUGUUUCACACGUCUCGCAGCUUUCAAUUCUUUCCGAUUUUAUCGCAGGAAUUGUUCAAUACGACAACAUUUAUAAACUUGUUACUCCAUAUUGCGAAAACCAAAACGGAGAUUCUCCAAACUACGAUUCCUUCCAUGAUUACUUUUACAAAUACUUAGAAGUAGAAGGAGUUGAAGAUCCAAGCGAUCUCGACGAUUUCGCUUUAACAAACCACUCCAUACAUACAGACUACGCAGAUUCAUUAUCCUGGACAUGGAUGACAUGCAACGAAUUCGGCUGGUUCCAAACAGCGUCCGGACAACUUCGCCCGGCCAAAGUUGACCUUAACUACUCCGACCUUGUUUGCAGAACAUAUUUCGGAGUCGGAAUCUCCCCAGAUAUCGACAACAAUCGCUCUGCAAAGAUGGAUAUCUACAAUGCACAGAAUCCGGCCACAACAAUGAUAUAUUUCUCAAACGGAAAGACAGAUCCAUGGUCAGUACUUUCUGUAAGUGAAAAUGUCCAAAAUCCACCAGUUGGCCGUUAUUCCGUCCAAAUUAAUAAUGCAUCGCAUUGUUCAGACUUAGGAGACGAGGCAGCUGGUGAACCGGAAGCACUAACUGUUGCCCGCAAACAAAUUAUGGAUACAAUGGCCAGAUGGCUGAAUCAUCCUGACGGACCGAACUGUUCCAGCCACGGCCAUCGCGUUCUUGAUGGAUGCGUUUGCGAGCGAGGUUACGAGGGCCCUGAUUGCGGAUUAAAAGUAAUUAGUCCUGGCCUCUUCAAAGUGUUCGAUUCCCUCGUUGUUCUCCUCCCAACUCUGAUGAUGAUCAUCAUCGGAUGCUCUGCUUGGUUCUUAUUCAAGAAGGAUGGCGAGGAUACUGAAAUUAAGACAAUUCCAUAG